UCAUUUGGAGGGGUUGGACUUGAUGGACUUUGUCUUUUUUCAACCCAAUGUAACUAUGUAACUAUAUCUUAGGUCAAUGUAUGAGUGUGCAGAAAGUGGAAUGAGACCUGUGUCUUCUACUUGUGUUUCUAGAUUUAUUCAAUGUCUAGGGCAGUAUUCACUUCUGUAUGCCUCACUCCUAAGUACUUGUUGUAAUUGAUUGGUCUGUUACAGUAUGUAGAUCAGUGAGUGAAUGCAUUACAGUGUGUAGGUGUGUGUUGUAUUACAGUGUGUAGGUGUGUGUUACAGUAUGUAGAUCAGUGGGUGAGUGUAUUACAUUGUGUAGAUGUGUGUUACAGUAUGUAGAUCAGUGAGUGAGUGUAUUACAGUGUGUAGGUGUGUGUUACAGUGUGUAGAUCAGUGAGUGCAUUACAGUGUGUAGGUGUGUGUUACAGUAUGUAGAUCAAUGAGUGUAUUACAGUGUGUAGGUGUGUGUUACAGUAUGUAGAUCAGUGAGUGAGUGCAUUACGGUGUGUUACAGUAUGUAGAUCAAUGAGUGUAUUACAGUGUGUAGGUGUGUGUUACAGUAUGUAGAUCAGUAGGUGAGUGCAUUACAGUGUGUAGAUGUGUGUUACAGUAUGUAGAUCAGUGAGUGCAUUACAGUGUGUAGGUGUGUGUUACAGUAUGUAGAUCAAUGAGUGCAUUACAGUGUGUAGGUGUGUGUUACAGUAUGUAGAUCAGUGAGUGAGUGUAUUACAGUGUGUAGGUGUGUGUUACAGUAUGUAGAUCAGUGGGUGAGUGUAUUACAUUGUGUAGAUGUGUGUUACAGUAUGUAGAUCAGUGAGUGAGUGUAUUACAGUGUGUAGGUGUGUGUUACAGUGUGUAGAUCAGUGAGUGCAUUACAGUGUGUAGGUGUGUGUUACAGUAUGUAGAUCAGUGAGUGAGUGUAUUACAGUGUGUAGGUGUGUGUUACAGUGUGUAGAUCAGUGAGUGCAUUACAGUGUGUAGGUGUGUGUUACAGUAUGUAGAUCAGUGAGUGAGUGUAUUACAGUGUGUAGGUGUGUGUUACAGUGUGUAGAUCAGUGAGUGCAUUACAGUGUGUAGGUGUGUGUUACAGUAUGUAGAUCAAUGAGUGUAUUACAGUGUGUAGGUGUGUGUUACAGUAUGUAGAUCAGUGAGUGAGUGCAUUACGGUGUGUUACAGUAUGUAGAUCAAUGAGUGUAUUACAGUGUGUAGGUGUGUGUUACAGUAUGUAGAUCAGUAGGUGAGUGCAUUACAGUGUGUAGAUGUGUGUUACAGUAUGUAGAUCAGUGAGUGCAUUACAGUGUGUAGGUGUGUGUUACAGUAUGUAGAUCAGUGAGUGAGUGUAUUACAGUGUGUAGGUGUGUGUUACAGUAUGGAGACCAGUGAGUUAAUUACAGUGUGUGUUACAGUUUGUAGGUCUGUAUUACCGUAUUACCAUGUGUGUUACAGUAUGGAGAUCAGUGAGUGCAGUACAGUGAGCGUGAGUGUUAAUACACUGGUAUGUGGCAGAAUUGUUAGUUUGUGAGUCUUGAGUACAGAUGUGAGAGCCUCCACUACACACACACAAUGACACACUAAACUGUCGGCAUCUGUGCUUAGUGUGUGUUGCUGCAGCAUGAGAUUCACCCAGCAGCCAAUGGCAGGGCAGGAGAGCGAUGGAGGCGUGGCAGAGAGAGACUGCAGGCAGACUUGUGCUGACACCCCCCCCCCACCCGAGAGUGAAAUGGGGAGACAGACAGGGAUUGAGACAGCGUCUGGGGCAGAGAGGGGAGAGACAAAGGAACGAGGAGGCAAAAGGGAAAGUAACGGAGAAUAGAAGGAAAGUCCUGAGCUGCCCACACUUACCUGCACCCUGCUGUGUCCUUACUGUGUAGUGCCCUUCUCCAUACACUCAGCUCCUUUAUGGCACCAAGCCCAUCCUGGCACUGCCCUGGGCACAUAACAUGGUAGCCAAGUAGCCAGUUUGCCCUGCAAGUCCCAGGAUGGUGCAGAACAAGAUUACGGGGAGCUGCCCAAAGCCAACAGAGGUGGCCCCUGGGGGUCCCAGCUGGUGCAAGACCUCCAAUGGCCACAUAAAGCGCCCAAUGAAUGCUUUUAUGGUGUGGUCUCAGACAGAGAGGAGGAAGGUAAUGUCUCUCUGCCCCAACAUGCACAAUGCUGACAUCUCUCGCAGCCUUGGCCAAAGCUGGAAGUUGCUCCAGGACACAGAUAAGAUUCCAUAUGUCCGGGAGGCGGAGCGUUUGCGCCUCAAACACAUGGCCGACUACCCCAACUAUAAGUAUCGGCCGCGGCGGCGCAGGAGAAUUCAAGAGAGCAAAAUUCGGGCCAGGCUGCCCCGUUCCACUGCCACAUGCCAAUCUGUUCCAUCGUCAUGCCUGUCGCAAAUGGAUACGGGGUCCAGCAUGCAAUGGGGAGAGACCUGCCCUGCGUGGGGGGGUGACCAAGUUGGCCAAUCAGUGAAGACACAGAUUCGGGAGUCAUCAGCACGCAGCCCAGAGGUACCAACCCAUACCAAAACUGUGCCAUUCUCCCCACAAUCGACUGAGGAGCACGAGGGUCUGGAGGGUGGAUCCCUUGUGAUUCCAGUGGACAAGGAGGUCUCGUCCCACAGUGGGUCACAUUUUGAGUUCCCAGACCACUGCACUCCGGAGGUGAUGGAGAUGAUCUCAGGAAGUGGCCUCUUAGAGAAUGUCCCCGACCUGGUGUUUUCCUGGUGUUUUCCUACUGAGCCAUAGGUCAUACAAAAAAGUGUCCACAGAAGUGUCUCUUAAAGUGCCCUCACUCUCAGUGUCCUGUACUAUUGAAGGUCUGUCUCAGCCGCAGCAUUACUGGUAAAGGUAUUCACCUUGCUGUCUCUUGGGGGACUUCCCUUCUGUCUCUGACGUGUCUCUCUCUGGGCUCUAUAUUUGGAGGCCGUCUCGGCUGCACACUGUCAUUACUCUCUCCAUGUACUCUUAUCAAGAAGAGAUUCCUGUCUCACAUGGGACUCUCAUUGUUGUCUCUCAAGGAUCAAAAUCUGUCUCUUCCAGAGGACUCUCAAAGCUGUCUCUCAUGUUACACAGAUUUCUGCUGUAAACUCUUAUAUGUCUCUCUAGCCACAUUGACAGGUUCC